GGGCGCCUCAGGAUGAGAGUUGGUUAUAUUGCCCAUCGUUUCUAUGGUUGAGGAGAUCCCUUAUGUUUUGAUGCGCGAGUUCACUCACAGAGGUCAAUGUACGCACGCGCGCCAUAGCAACUGUACUGAUGCAGCUGAGUCCGGCUUUGCUGUCGCGUAUCGUGCUGUGCACAUUGCUCCUUGCAGAUCUCCGGCUUUGCAGAACUGAAUUUGUCGUUGCCACGCCUUGAAUGUUCAUCUUGAAGUUGGAAUUUGACAGAAGCUGCUAGAGAUGACUACAAAAGCCGUGGCUUUGGCAAAAUUGCCACCAAUUGGAAGCACACAGCCAGCAGUUGGCAUUUCUCCAAGAGCCGUCAAGCAGUAUGAGGGCCUCCAGGGACCAAGCUACCAGUUGAAUGCCGUCAAUGACAGGACAAAACACAAGUUACCUCCACCACAGGUUCUAAAACCGUUUGUAGACACAAAAGCCGGCACCCUGGACACGUGGCCGGCUCAUGCCACAGCCCAGGCUACCUCCAAGCCAGGCAUCCCUAGCCACAGGCCACGGUCCAGUCCAGACGGCAGGGUGUCCUCGGAGCUGUCCGAGAACCCCCAGCGAUCCGUCAUCCCCAAGCCACGAUUCCUAGAGCAGCUGGAGAUGUUCCUGAAGAAGGAAUUACGGAAUCUCGAUGGGAACAAGGAAGGCCCCAGUGAACUUAGGUUACAGGCAUAUCGUGAGGUUUUUGAAUAUCUGAUAGAGGAUUUCAAGACCUACAAGCCCCUCCUAUCGUCCAUCAAGACGGAAUAUGAAAUGAUGCUGUCUCACCAGCGAGAGCAGAUCAGGGAAUUGGAACCGCUUAAGUCCAUGUUGGUGACAGUUUCGGAGCAAUGCGACCAGAAGGUGAUGGCUCUUAGAGAUGAAGAGAGGCAGGAGAUGCUGGACUUAAAGAAAGAAAAGAAGAUAUUGCAGGAGAAGAUAGAUGCCAUGAAGCAGCAUGAGGUGUCUCUACAGAUGCAAAUAGAUAAGUUGCAAGAAGAGGUCGCAGCAGAAUACUACAAAUACCGUAACGAGUGUGACGCUCGUAAGCUGCUGGUGUCAGAUAUCAACGAUCUGCGCUACCAACAAGAAGACUACCAGAAGGCUCAAGGCCAGGGCAACCAGGCGGAGAUCAAGGAGGACCCAGUCAAACUCAAGAUUGCAUUAAGAAAAGCAAGAGAAGACUUGACAGAUGCCACCCAGCGUCUGACUGAGAUGAUCGCCAAUUACGGAGAUGUGGUGCCCAGGAGGGACUUUGAGGGACUCAAAGUACAACAUGAGAAAUUACAAGAAGAACUGGCUCAGCUGAAGAACGACCAUGAAGUCCUGAUGUCAGAACAUGACACACUGCUAGAGGUUAACAAGCAAGUGGUAACACAAAGGGAUGAGUUCUAUUCAGAGCUGGAGGUCCUAAAACGAUCAGCGACACCAAGGCCUGACUGGGAUCGCUGUGCCGAUCUCAUGGAAGGAGGCGGAGAGAGAUGGCAGGCCAUCUCCAAGGACAAGAGCAGUGACUACAAGGUGGAGCUUCUGCUGAAGGAGCUGGCAGGAGACGGGGAGGGCCUGGCCUUCUUUGAGCCCAGGGGAUUUGGAGAGGAUGUACCCUUCUACUUGCAGACGGACAUUAAAGUGAGGAACAGAGAAUACACAAAGGGCGAAGCGUUGGAACUCAUCAAGGAGAUAUGGAAGGCCAAGACUAAACAGGAGUCGGAGAAGGAGAGUGGUCCCCCGGAACCAAUGGAUACCUUUGUCGCCCGGUUUCUGGACGAAAGGUACCGAGACAAGAAAAUGAUCGCGGAGAAGGCGUACAACCUCCACGAUGCCUGCGAGAGAUACAAAGAUGAGGAGGCCAUGUGUGAGCUCUUCUCCCAAGUACUGCAAGAUGAGGUGAAUGAGCAGGUUUACAGUCAACAGAUGGAGAUGUUGGAACGGUUAAUGGAAGCACUCAACAAGGCAUCAGAGACCAUCGAGGUCCAAUCGGCGACACCAGCGCCGGCAGAAACGGAACCAGCACCAGAGACGCAAGAAGGGGAGGAGUCACCUACAGAGGAAAACGAAAAAGCAGAGACACCCGAGGUGACCACCAUCCAGGUGAUAUCCCAAGAGAACUUUGAGAAGGCUUUGAGAGAGGUGUUCACUGUGAAGCCAGAUGAGAACUUUGAGGCUCUGAUGACAGUCUUGAUCGACGACCUGAAACCAGAAGAGGGUGCCGAGAUGUUAAAAUACCAGGAGCUCUUCUUGGAGGAUGAAGAUGGCGGUGCCCGUCCAUUCAUCAAUUUGAUCCGGCAACAGGACAAGGCGGAGCGCCAGAAAUAUGUGGAGCAGAUCAAGAUGGAGCUUGGAGACAGAGAGGAGGUUCCACUACCCGAGCUGCGAAUGGCCAUCAACGUAGUGGACGCAGAGAUAGACAAGACCCACAUGAUCGACUACUUGGCCCGUGCCUUCGAUGUACCCAGCGACCAGCUUUCAACGGCCACGCCCCAACCCUUGGAGACAGUUCUGCAGCGGCUGUUGAAGGCUGGCGUGAGACGGAUUGGGUUGCUUAACAGCUCUGAGUUAUAGAACUUGCAAUCUCAGCAUCACAGAAUGAACACUGUGUAAUAGGCUCCCCAAAUUCUACUAUUGUUUUGUGUCUGGUUGGGGUCGUCUGCAGAAACUUUACAGUUGUAAAUAUUCCCUUGAUCACAAGAUCAGGGGUUUUGUAAAUUGGCAUAUAUUGUAAAUAUGUUUUUAUUGUGAAUUAUUAGGAAAGAAUAUGACUUGCUCAAAUCCGUCCAGUUAACUCUGAAUCUUCCAGGAUUAUUCCAGAUGAUCUGUACAUGGAAACAGUUGUUUAUAGUCUGUUUUUAAAAACUGACGUGUACAGUUUGGGGCAGUUGGUGUGUGUGUAAAAUUCACAUUGCCUCAGAUUUCAAUAACAAUGUAAUGCAUAAUUAUAUCACAGUAUUUCAAUAAAUUAAGUCAAAUAUUUGAAGUUGUUUACAUAAAUAUUUUCGGGGAGUUUCAUUGAAACAACAAAUGCCCAGGAUGCAAUUCGAAUCUGGAAAAAUCCCACCUCUGAAAAACAGCAAUGGAAAUGUUGGCUCACUGUUGCUGAUGUGUAUAAGCAUGAUAGCUGUUUGUUGGCAGGGACUGUAGUGGAACACCUUUUGAACAGUUUCAACGAUAUCAGCAAGUUCUACCAUAUAUCACUUUAAAGAUCUCAAAAACACACACAAGUUUUCAAUAGACUUCAAAUAGAGUUGAUAAUUUAAUAAAAUUGGAACACCAAAGAGAAGAGCAUAGUAAAAUGCCCUUUUGAAUUUAUAUACAUUAUCAUGUCCAAAAUAUGAUGAAUCAAAAGUGAAUAUAAAUCUACAACUUUGUGGAAUGUA